AUGGCCCCGCGAUUCGCGACGACGACGACGGCGCGGGCGACGCGAGACGUCCGGGCGAACGCGCGAUCGAGGCGCGCGCGCGAUCGCAGACCGGUGUCGAACGACAAGGCUCGACGACGAGCGCAACGGGGGCAUCGACCGCGAGCCUCCGCCGAGGAGGAGAUUGGGCAGGAUGUGGAGAACGUCGUCAUCAUCGGUAGCGGACCGGCGGGGUACACCGCCGCGAUCUACGCCGGACGAGCGAACUUACGACCGCUCGUGUUCGAGGGUUUCCAGGCGGGCGGCGUCCCGGGCGGGCAGCUCAUGACCACGACGGAGGUGGAGAACUUUCCGGGUUUCCCAGAGGGCGUCACCGGGCCGGAUCUCAUGGAUAAGAUGAGACAACAGGCGGAGAGAUGGGGCGCGGUAAUGCACACCGAGGACGUGGUCGAAGUCAAUUUCACCGCUCGCCCGUUCACGAUCUCAUCGAGCGAGAGAACGGUUCGGGCGAACAGCGUCAUUGUCGCCACGGGGGCGACGGCGAAACGACUCGGAAUCCCGGCGGAGCAAACGCUGUGGAGUAAAGGGAUCAGUGCGUGCGCGAUUUGCGACGGUGCGAGCCCAAUUUUCAAGGACGAGGAAGUUGCGGUCGUCGGUGGUGGAGAUACUGCGACGGAAGAGGCGGUUUACUUGACGAAAUAUGCCAAGCACGUGCACCUCCUCGUGCGUGGCGACGCAAUGCGAGCGAGCAAGGCGAUGCAAGAUCGCGUGCUCGAACACAAAGCUAUCACCGUUCACUACAACACGGAAUGUAUCGAUGGUUCGCCGAACAGUAAGGGUAACCUAGGCUCGCUGGCGUUGCGAGAUACGAAGACUGGUGACGAGCGGAAACUUAACGUCAAGGGGUUGUUCUAUGGCAUCGGUCACACGCCGAACAGCAAAGUUUUUGGCGAGCAGCUUGAACUCGAUCAAGCGGGCUAUGUUGUCGUGAAGGAAGGAGCGAAGACAUCCAUCGAAGGAGUGUUCUCGGCUGGAGAUAUUCACGAUAAGGAGUACCGUCAGGCCGUCACUGCCGCAGGGUCCGGGUGCAUGGCCGCCAUCACCGUGGAACGCUAUCUCACCGAAAACAAUCUCCUCGUUGAGUAUCAUCAAACGAAGAAAAGCCAAAUGAAUGAACAAACUGACUCCAUCGAUGAAGAAGAGAAGGCUAUCCUCGGUGAGAACUCCGAUACUUUCGACAUCAAUAUUCAAAAGCACUACGGUCAAUACGCACUGAGAAAGCUCUAUCACGAGUCGGAUCGCGUCUUGCUCGUCAUGUACUCGGCGCCCACGUGCGGACCGUGCCGACGCCUUAAACCGAUGCUUGAUAAGGUGACAGCUGAGUACGGUGAUAAAGUUCACUACGUUGAGAUUGAUAUCGCGGCAGAUCCUGAAAUUGCAGAAGCAGCUGGUGUCACUGGGACGCCGACCACACAUAUUUUCUACGAGAAGGAGCGCUUAGAAAUCUUAUCUGGCGUGAAAAUGAAGAGUGAGUACCGUCGUGUCAUCGAUAGCGUGUUAGGAAAGGCCGUUACCUCGGAAAAGAAGGUCACCAUGCAAUCGCCGCAGGGAGAUGAUGCGAAGAGCGAGGUUCGAGCAAGAUGA